AGUCUUGGGAAAGCGUCAAGACCAUGCCGUGGUAAGCGGGCUUCUCUGGGGGAGCACAGUGUGCUCCGAGCGCCUGCCGGUUUGGGGGUGUCUCCUCCCGGGGCGCCAUGGCGGCGCUGGCCAGCAGCCUGAUCCGGCAGAAGCGGGAGGUCCGCGAGCCUGGGGGCAGCCGGCCCGUGUCCGCGCAGCGGCGCGUGUGUCCCCGCGGCACCAAGUCCCUUUGCCAGAAACAGCUCCUUAUCCUGCUAUCCAAGGUGCGACUGUGUGGGAGACGGCCCGCGCGGCCGGACCGCGGCCUGGAGCCUCAGCUCAAAGGCAUCGUCACAAAACUGUUCUGCCGCCAGGGUUUCUACCUCCAGGCAAAUCCCGAUGGGAGCAUCCAGGGCACCCCAGAGGACACCAGCUCUUUCACCCACUUCAAUCUGAUCCCCGUGGGGCUCCGUGUGGUCACCAUCCAGAGUGCCAAGCUGGGUCACUACAUGGCCAUGAAUGCCGAGGGGCUGCUCUACAGCUCGCCACAUUUCACAGCUGAGUGUCGCUUUAAGGAGUGCGUCUUUGAGAAUUACUAUGUCCUGUAUGCCUCUGCACUCUACCGUCAGCGCCGUUCUGGCCGGGCCUGGUACCUAGGCUUGGACAAGGAGGGCCGAGUCAUGAAAGGAAAUAGAGUCAAGAAGACCAAGGCAGCCGCCCACUUUGUGCCCAAGCUUCUGGAGGUGGCCAUGUACCGGGAGCCUUCUCUCCACAGUGUCCCUGAGACCUCCCCUUCCAGUCCCCCUGCCCCCUGAAAUGUAGAGUUUGGACUGGAGGCUCCUGCACUUGCAUUGAGCCAGCGACCGCCACAGCCUGUCUCCCAGCCCUGCUCCUGGCCCUGCUCUCACCCCAGCUGCCAUACUCAUGCACUGAACAGCCAGGUCCCACCAGGUGCUCUAUCCUGAGGGACCCUAGGAACUGCUAAGACCCUUAGAUACUUGGACUCAAGAGGGAGGUCAAAGAGGUGGAUGUUUAAAAAUGGUCCUGGCUGAUCACUUCUUUCCUUCUACACUCACACACCUCCAAAGUCUUUUCCUGAGGUGGCUCUGCGGGUUCCCAAACUGACAGAAGCAGGACACAAAUACUCCCCACCCUAGGGUCAACCAGUUCCUAGCGCCCUAUGCCUUUUUCAUUGCCACUGAGCCAUAGAUUUAUAGGUCCACUGGAGCUCAGGAUUAGUUUCCUUCUUUCCUUACUCCACCUUCUGCCUUGUUCUAGACGGGUUCUGGAACACCAGGCACCCCAGCCAGAGCUUUUUCUGCAUUAAGGCUCUGUGCUGGAAUGCAGGCAUGCUGCCAGGCUCUGUUCUGGAUCCAUCAGGCUUCUUUGACCCAGAUGGACCCCUGGUUUCCAAGUAGAGAAAGGCUGGAUUUGAGCCCUGUCUAGCUCUUGGCCUUGGCCUGAACUGGGACCAGUCUCUGAUCACCACAUACUAACUUUUUUAUCCCAGAGACACCCAAUUCUAGAGCAUGGUGUUCUAGACACAUAUGGAGCCAUACUUCCUUCUGAAUCUCAGCUCUAGGACAUACAAGUAGACCACGACUCUCAGACCUUCCCUCCAGGGAAGGAACUGGGCCCUGUAUAGCCAUAUUAUUGCUCUAGAGUAAAUUCUAGACCCAUUCUCCCACUUUCUCUAGUGAUACCUAUUAAGGAUGAGCUCUGGAAAGGACCCAGCUAUGAUUCAUAAAGAACUAAGUUCUGGAUGAAUCAAGAACUACUUGUUUUUCUCAGAUAAUUUUCUAAAAAUCUUAUUCUUCCUAUAGAAUGCUAACCUUAUUUUUACAUGUAGUUUCUAGCUCCUGCAACUCAGCUGGGGUCCUGCCAGUGAAACAGUCUGAAGAAGGGCACAGGAGUUUUAGAAGGAAUCCUUGGCUCAUAAUGGGGAAGCUGGGAUGGGGAAGGGACCAAAAGAAUGGCAUGAUUGGACCUGUGCUUGGGUUGGGGGGACGUGAACACUUAGCUACCUCAGCAGGAAUUCCUUUCAGGUCCCCUUUAAAGCUGAGGUCUUUAGGGUACUGAGUCUAGAAUAAAAAGGACAAAUGGGACAUAGCCUUGACCCCUUCACCCCCAGUGAGGAGACCCCAAUUCAGCAAUAAAUCCCACUGCUCUCCCCUAGGUCACUUGCUUUACCUUAAAUCUUAUAACCUCAGCUGGGUUUUAGGUACCCAAAAAGGACCUGAUUAGAUUCUUCUGAAAAAUGUGGAGAGCUAGGGCCUAGGAAAGAUCAGACCUGGGCAGGGUAGACUGAGGAGGCCCUAAAGGAAGGGGCUAGGGCUCAGAGGUAGGUCAUUUUUCCUCAGGCUUUUUCUACUUCUGGCUUGUUGCAAGAGGGUUUGAUGCUCCCCUCACCCGCACAGACCCCGCUCAGUCUCUACCCAUCUCCUGGCUCUGCUCCCAGGAGACCCAGUUUCCACUCCAUGCAUUCUCAAUUAAAGAAGAUUUA